CAUUGUUAAGACGUACUUCUGUUUUCGCAAAUAUGAACUUUGACCUUAUUGGGAAUUCCCUCACAAAAGGAUAUAAAUACCUUUGUAUUUAAGGUUUCUUUAAAAAAAUCAAAUGAUGGAAAUAGAACGUAAAAAUCAUGAUCAAACUAAUUUCACUUCUGAUCUACGCCUACUAGACUAUCAAUCAAAAAAGUUCUAUAAAAAUUCUUUCCAAUUGUUGAGCAAAUUAUCUUUACAUCAUAAAGAACUUAAAUCUAUUUUAGAAUAUUCUCAAGAGUUAAAAUCAAUUCUCCUGACUGAUGGCAAAAAAUAUCAUCAAAAACUGUUCAAAUUUCGUACAUUGGUCGAAUUGUUCAGUUCAAAAAAAUCACAAAUUGUAAAUAAACAAUUAAAUCAUGGGAAUUGUGUAAAAGAGUUACAAAAUCUACUGAAAAGUAUUGAGGAAAUUCUAACAGAAUACAAAACAGAAGAGAGAAUGAUUGCUGAAGCAUUACUUCAACAAGAAGUUGAAUUAUGGCAAGAUUGUUUAAAUAUGGAGCAUCGAAUAAAUGUUUGGGAGAAUGAUUCAAAGUGGCCAGAUAAAAUUAAUUCAAAAAUUCAAAAUAGAGAACAUUCAAUUAAUUCGUUGACACGUUUAAGUAUUGGAAGUAAAAACUUACCAGCUGAAGUAAACGAAUUUCAAAACUUUUUAGAUAAUCAUGGUGGACGAACUGGUGGUUGGACUGAAGAUGAACAUUUAAAAUUUUUAAAAUAUUAUAAAAUUAAGAAAUUUAAAUAUAAAAAUGAAUGUAAAGAUCCUCAAAUAGACGAUUUCAAUAAUCAUGAUCAUGAUCAUCAUGAUCAUCAUCAUCAUGAAGAAGAAGAAGAAGAAAAAGAAGAAAACGAAUUGUCUACAUUGACAAUACAUCAUCAUGAACAACAAAUAAUAAAAGAUGAAAAUUUAGAUAAAAUAAAUAAAGAUAAUACUAAUGUGAAUAUGAAUGUAUUACAUGAUGAACUUGCAAAUAUAAUCAUGACUAAAACAUCAAAUGAAAUAGUUGAACAUGAAAAAUGGUGGAAAGAAUUUCAAAAACUUGAAAAUGCUAAACGUAAAGCAAUUAAAAUAUGGAGUGAAAAUAGGCGUUUAAAUAUGCAAAAUAGAAAACAAUGUAAAGAGAAAAAUGAUGAUAAUAAUGAUAAUGAUGAUGACACAAUGGGACCAAAUCAUCAAUCUUAUAUUAAACAACAUUUAUCAAUCAGUCAAUUAGAAGCUAGAAAAGCUAAAUUAGAACAAUGGCGUAAUCAAAGAGAAGAAAUGAGGAAACAAGAAGAAUUAUUAAAGAAAAAAAUUGAAAAUCAAUCAAAACAAGCUGAAUUAGAAUUGAAACGAAAAAGACAGGUAUAGUUCAUUCAUGAUUGCUUUGAAGUUAUUUUACUAGCUUUAAUGGACUAUAAUGGAUGAUAACAGAAGGAACAUGGGUAUUAUUUCUUUAGUGUAUAUCAAUGGGAAAUAAUACUCAAAAACUGAGGUAUUUCUAAGUAAAGAUGAAUAGUAGAAUCCAAGACGCGUGUUUCGUCCUAUUUGAGACUCGUCAACUGGAUGUACCUGCAUCUGAGAGUUGAUGUUCACUCUGCGAAUCAAACACAGUAUCGUUCGCUUCAAACUCCGUCACAUCAUUCAUUUAGCUCCUGAGUCCUGAUAGCCAUCUGUUUUUGCAAUAGGGUGAAGUUAUAUUCACAUGGUGUUGUUUAAUUAUAUCUUUCCACUAUCCAUCUUUGCUUAUAAAGCUUGUAACUCCGGGCAAUAUCGAAGCAGUCCGCACAGAAUGCACAUAUGCCAAAAAGAGACUGAUCAAUUGCAGUCCAUCUGAGUGUUGUAAGAGGUAUUUAGGAACGUGUCAUUUCCAAAUAAGUCAUACUGUAUAACAAUUAAGUGUAGGCUAUGAUAACCUGAGAAUAAUACAUCAUAAUGUGAAAUAAAACUGUUUAUUGAUGAACAGAGGAGUUUUUGAUCCAUUGACUUUGUAAUUUUCCAGCAUUGCUGAAAGCACUGGAAAUCCACUAUUUUCAUGCCGGAGAUUUCCUAACCAUCUACUUUCGUUUUUUAAAAGUUAUCAUUGCUACAUAUGCUGGUGUUUUUUUUGUUGUUGUUAAAGGAAACAGCUUACUGAAAUCACAAUUCAAUGGAAUAGGGAGUACAUCUGUGAUAUCUGACUUAAAUUUCCAUAUUUUUCAACUUACUGGUACCUUAGUGAUCAGACUGUCAUCUUAAAACUUCAAAGAGCUAAAGUUCUACUCAACUUAAUUAAAUCGAGUUUAGAAAAAAAGAUCAACCAUACCAUUAUCCAUAGAUUGUGAAAUAUUAAAUCAGUAUACUUAACAGUCAACAUUGUAGAGUCAGUUAAUUAAAACAAAUUUAAGUUCAUAAUUGGAAAACAAAAAGUUUAAGGUUCGAAACAAUCGAUACAAUCAAGAGCGAGUCAUGUUGUAUUGAUUUGUUAUAUCCUCAAUUCAAACCGAUCAAUACUUUUUUAUCAUGUCCAUUUACAUACAUUCAAUGUUGAAGUUCAAUUCCAGUGACAGUGUUGUCGUGUUUUUUCCUAUUUUAUGCCAAACAUUAUGCAUACCUACUUACUUAUGCCUGUUACUGUCAAUAGGGUAUAGGCCGCCCACCAGCAUUCUCCAACCCAUUCUG